AAAACUCCCUGUAUAAGAUAAAGUGCCUAUGGCAAGUGACGUCACGACCAAUCGCGUACGACCGUUCGGUCCCUACCAAAGUCAGUUCCGUUCAUUCAUUAUUAAUCGGCCGUUGUCUGUGUGAGUGUGUCGCUCGUACCGACCCGAUUUGCCAUCUCUUGGGUGUUUUUUUUUCUUGUUGUCUUUGGACGUUUUAUCUCUCGGUGGUACUAUAACCGUCCGUUUGUUUUUUAUUCGCGUGAACUUUGUGAUUUAGUGCUUUUGUGUGUUUUUUUUCUGGAUUAAGUGCCUCCCUUUUGUCAGGCAGUACCCAGGAGAGGAGCGAAGAGUGAUGGAACUGGAUGCGACCUUCGACGCGCCCUUCGACUAUGCGAUCGAGGAUCAGAACUUUUACGACAAUCCCCCCAUUAAAAAGGAGAACAUGAGAAAAGUCUCCUUCAAUCCGGAAAUCUACACCAAGGAUGACGAUUUCCGUUUUCAUCUCAAGCAAGAAAUCGUCGACGAUAGCGACGAGGAUCAGAGCCAAGCGCAAGCAAUGCACUCGAUCCAGAAAGUUCCGUCUAUCAGCGAUUUGUCCGAUCCAGAAGCUUCACUUGAUAUACCGACCCAGGUGCCCCCGCUGACCCCGGGCACGAACAAAACCAUGGCGGAGGCGCUCAAGGCGUCUUUCGCGUCAUGGGAAAAGGACCAGUUAAGGCUCAAUAUACCGAAAGAUCCUCGUCAAUGGACGGAGGGUCACGUGACCCAUUGGCUCCAAUGGGCGGCCAAGGAAUUUUCCCUGGACUGUAUCGACCAUCAGUUCCGGAUGAAGGGCAAAGACAUCUGCGCGAUGGGCAAGGACGCGUUCGCGGCGCGCGCGCCCGCCUUCGUCGGCGACAUCUUGUGGGAACAUUUGGAACUGUUGCAAAAAGAUGUGGAGAAGGAGAGGACGCUUACCAGCGCGUUAUACGACAGUAUGUGCGUGCCCGAGUUGCCCUCUUACAUCGAUUAUACGCAGGCGCCGAUCAUGAGCCCCGCGGAGGACCGUAAGCCGAUCUCGCUUACCAUUACGCCGCCCCCGGCCAAUCAGGCGCAGCCGAAUAAUAAUAAUUUUUUACACGAUGGUGCUGGCCGAUACAGCGACACACCGUACACGGACACCUACGGUAGUCCGUACCAAGAAGGGUCACCGUACCAAACGGUCCCUAGCGGUGGUUCCAGCGGGUCAGAGCAAUGGGGUCACACGCCGAACCACGAUUUGUCCUCGAUGGGAGGACACCCCCCGCCUCCCUCUCACCAACCGGACACCAAACCCACCAUGCUCCAGAACGGAAUGAUCGCCGGCUAUCCUAGUAAUCCCCCCGGUACGGGAGGACACUGUUUUACCGGUGCGGGCAGGUACAACGACGGUUACAGCGACAUUUACGGGUCACCCUACGACACCUCCACCUCGUUCCAGACGGUGCCGAGCGGUGGCGCUGGUGGUGGCGGGAACGCGGGUAACGACCAGUGGUCGCACCACGAACUGUUGGCCCACCACCAUCCCACCCAUCCCGCUUUUUUGACCUCGGGAUUGGUGCGGGACGGACUGACCGGGAUCGGUCAGGACACGAAGCCGAUGAUCCAGAACGGGAUGAUCGCCGGGUAUCCGAGCAAUUCUAGUGCCGGACCCUGUUUUCAAGGUUCCGGUCCGAUUCAACUGUGGCAGUUCCUCCUGGAAUUAUUGACGGACAAAUCGUGCCAGGCCUUCAUCUCCUGGACCGGAGACGGUUGGGAGUUCAAGUUAACCGAUCCAGACGAGGUGGCAAGGAGAUGGGGCAUACGAAAGAACAAACCGAAAAUGAACUACGAGAAAUUGUCCAGGGGAUUACGUUACUAUUACGACAAGAACAUCAUCCACAAGACUGCCGGCAAACGAUACGUUUAUAGAUUCGUGUGCGACUUACAGACGUUGCUAGGGUACAGUCCGGAGCAGUUACACGCCAUGGUGGAUCUCAAACCAGAAAAGAAGGACGACGACUGAACCGCCUCAAAAUCCCAAAACGACCGGACAAUAAUAAACAAACAAACAACUCGCUCGGCUUAAAUAUGCAAUUGAAUCGGUGCCUAAAGUCUUAAAUUUUGUUUAUAUUUUUUAUUAGCAAUAAAUCCGUUGUGUACCUUAUGCCUUAAGGUCGAAAUUGCUGGGUGCGGGUCACUAAAAUGUGAUUUUUCUACCAAAAAAAAAAACAGAUUUUCGUGUCACUUAAUAAAGAAACGGAUUUAACUACUUAAUGAAUUACGUGACACGAAAACUCAUUAUUUUGCACAAUUUCGAGGACGCGGCGUCAAAUUUCAAAAGUUCGCGUCGUUUGACCGGCUGUCCGUAUACACCAAAUAAAUAAAUAAAUAAAUAUAUUUUUUAAUAGUUUUUAAGUCAAACUCAAGUGCAAAAAAAAAUCGAACAACUAACUGAUCGAAGCCAAUUCGUGUAAAUAUAAAUGUUAAUUGUGAUAAGGAGAUAAUAAUGUUUAUAUUAAAUUUAUUGGACUUUUUUGGGGGCUAUAGGUUGACCCUGUCCCCCCGUUAAGUAUUUUAUUUUUUUUUUUUAUAUAUCGAACGUCUUUCCUGUUAAAUAGGAUUUUAUUAGUUAAGUAAUUCCUCUUUGGUUGAUCGGCCCGCAGUUGAAACAAAAAAAAAAGAAACCUGUUUUAGACCAUAAGUAUUCUCUUCUUACCCCCUCCCUUCUGUUAACUCGUGAGUUAAUUAAGUUUAUUUUUUAUAUAACUCGUGGUCUCAGUCUAUAGGUUUUAAAUUAAGUUAUUUUUUAAAUAGAGAUACAACAAACAAACAAUAGCGCGUUAUAAUAUAUGGUGUUCUCGUUUAAGGGGAUUUUACUUGUAUUUUUGUUUGUUGUAUUAUUCCUACAUUAUUAUAUAAACUAUUGUAUUAAAAAAAUUAAAAAGUGUUUCAAUAAAAUACUUAUAUUGGUUA